UCACCAUCCAAGCAAGGGAAAAAAUAAUUCAGGUUGAGCAGAAUUGAGAUUGUAAAUUGUAAUAUUUUACUUUGAGUGUUGAAUGCAGGACUGUAUUAAUUAUUUAGGACAGCUUACUAAACUAUCUUAAAAUGUAAAAAGUUAUUUAUUGCAAGUCAACUUUUCAUCAAUUUUUACAUUGAAGUGAAAUCACUCCACCAAAUUUCACAUUCUUUCAUAGCCUAAUAACAUUCUCCGUUCUCCUUCAUCAUCAGUACUGUUUACAUUUGUCAAUAGUGGCUUAACAUAUUAAAAAAAUGAAAUAAUAACUUGAAAAUGAAUUGUGAUUUCUAAAUUCAUCGAUUACUACUACGUAUUAUGACAAUUGUACUCAUAAUUCCAUUGAACAUUCAUUUUAUGUGAGGUGACUGAAAGAUGUCUGUUGACGAGGACAGUUCAGAAAUGGAUUUCUCUGACGACGAUUGCGGCUACGAGGAUUAUUAUAACACUGGGGAGGACUGUGAUGUGGAGCAAAUAGAUCUAUACAAAACCGACCCGGAGUACUUCGCUUUUGAUUGUCUAAAUGUGGAGCAAGUUGAGAGAUUGCUAAAUGAAAGCGUCGAGAUGCUCAGCAAUAAUUUACAGAUUACUCCCUCUCUGGCAAAAAUGUUGCUGCACAAUCACGAGUGGGGCUGCCUGACAGUGAUGGCCGAAUACAGGCGUGAUGCGGCAAGAUUGCUUGUCACGUCGUGUGUCAAGCCUCCUGUUCCCCCAGACACAUCGAAAAGCUCAUCCAGUGUUGGAAUGAGAAUUUCCUGCCCUGUUUGUGUGUCGUCGAUUUUCUGGGACAAAUUUAGUAGUUUAUGUUGUGGUCAUUCGUUCUGUAACAUGUGCUGGGCUAUGCACUUCGAGGUGCAGAUUACGGCUGGCAUUUCAACGGGUAUCUCUUGUAUGGCGAAAGGUUGUGAGGUUCUAGCUCCUGAGGAUUUUGUAUUGACACUUCUCACAAAACCACAGCUUCGAGACAAAUAUCAACAAUUCGCGUUCAGGGAUUAUGUGAAAUCACAUCCCCAUCUACGAUUCUGUCCUGGUCCGAACUGCCAAAUUGUACUCAGAUCCAAAGAGCCGAAAGCCAAACGGGCGAUAUGCUCCUAUUGUAAAACUACGUGCUGUUUCCGAUGUGGGGGAGAUUACCAUGCGCCGACCGACUGCAAUACCAUUAGAAAAUGGCUGACCAAAUGUGCAGACGACAGCGAAACGGCUAACUACAUUAGUGCACACACUAAAGAUUGCCCACGUUGUCACAUAUGUAUAGAGAAAAAUGGAGGCUGCAAUCACAUGCAAUGCUACAAUUGCAAGCACGACUUCUGUUGGAUGUGUCUGGGAGACUGGAAGUGUCAUGGUUCCGAAUAUUACGAGUGCUCUAGGUAUAAGGAAAAUCCAAAUAUCGCCAAUGAAUCGGCUCAUGCCCAAGCCAGAGAGGCAUUAAAAAAGUACCUUCAUUAUUACGAAAGGUGGGAAAACCAUUGUAAGAGUUUGCGACUUGAGGAACAGACUGUAACAAAAAUAAAAAGUAGAAUAAACAUAAAAGUGAUGAACUCAUCUGGAACGUGGAUUGACUGGCAGUAUUUGAUGGAUGCGGCUGCCCUGUUAGCCAAGUGCAGAUAUACCCUUCAGUACACCUAUCCUUACGCUUAUUUUAUGGAGCCAGGACCCAGGAAAGAACUGUUUGAAUACCAGCAAGCGCAACUUGAAGCAGAAAUAGAAAAUUUGUCGUGGAAAAUCGAACGAGCGGAAAGCACAGACAGGGGAGAACUGGAAAACCAAAUAGAUAUAGCUGAAAAGCGGAGAACAACACUACUCAAAGACUUCCUCGAGGUAUGACUGGAUGAUCUUAUGUACUUAUCAACCCUCCAUAUCUCCAGCUAUCAUUGAUUGCGAAACAUAAUUCUAGUUAUACUAAAUAAGUAUCUAUUAGCUCUAAGAUAUGGAUUAUUAUAAGUAAAAGUAAGUUAUAGUACAUAAAAAGCCGUACAUUGCUAGAGCUGAAAUCCGUUGACGCGUAUCUCAUAUACUGUUAUAUUAAUAUUAGUCAUUUUAUUCUAAAACAUUUCUUCUAAUUUCAUUGAUUGGAACAUUUUUAUACAGGUAAUUCUUCAUCCCUGAAAUAUAUUUCAAAUAGUCUCAGUUUUAUAGGAUAUUUUUAUAGUAAACCAUCACAGAAGAAUCCGAAAUUGCAUUUCUAUUUUACUACGGCAGGGUCCCAGAAACUAUUUUUUUUCUCCAGUAUGAGGCCAUACAAGGCUAUUUCGCAUACCUCUUCAUAAAAAACUCGUAAUUGAAUUUUUAUUUUGCAAGGGCAGGGUCCCAGAGCUAUUUUCUAUCUUCAGUAUGAGACCAUACUUAGUUAUUUUGUAUACUUCUUCAUAGUUUACAAUAGUAUAUUUCGCACCUAGAGCAGAAAAUGAGAUUUUUCCAGCUCGAAAUCGGUUUUCAAGUCCGAGGCCGUAGGCCGAGGACUAGAAAAGAUUGAGA